AAAGAACAAAGUAUCAUCUAAUUUCUAGAUAGCUCAUUGAAGACCUACAUUGUAGAGUGGGGAGUGUACAUAUCAUAAUGGCAGUCUAGGGUUUUAUUAGUAGUGGAAUGAUGUUCUUAUUUUCACUAUUUCUAACAUUUGUGGCGCAAACAGUUUUGGGCGGAAAGUUGGGUGAUGACGGAGGAGAUGUUAUAUUUGCCAAUGUGCUUUUCAGACACGGCGAUCGCAACAUAAUCACAGAUUACCCAAAUGAUCCGAACAAAAACAUGUCUUACUGGCCUGAAGGAUUGGGACAGCUGACAAAUUUAGGGAAGCGCCAAGAAUUCGCUCUAGGCCAAUGGCUACGCCAGAGGUACGACCGCCUCCUCACAGACUUCUACGACCCUAAUCUGGUGUACGUCCGCAGCACCGACGUCGACCGUGCACUGAUGAGCGCCAAGUGUGUUUUGGCGGGAAUAUUCCCUCCAAAAGGACAGCAGGUGUGGAACGAUCAGCUGAUCUGGCAACCCAUACCUACACACACAACGCCUGAGAAGCUGGACAAGAUUUUGGCACAGAAAUACCCAUGCCCAGCAUACCAGGCAGAGCAUCUAAGGGUGCUAAACUCCGCAGAAAUAAGGAAUAUAACUUCUAGAUAUUCGUAUAUAUUAAAGAACUUAACAGACUUUGCAGGUGAAAAUAUCUCCACACUCUGUGACAUUAACUGGAUAUACCAUGAUGUUUAUAUAGAGAAACUGAAGAACAUGACGGUGCCACAAUGGGUAGUUGAUCUGUUCCCAGUUAUGUACGAAGCUUCCAGCUUCUGCUUUGCACUCCCAACUUGGAAUACAAAACUCGCUCGUUUGAAGUCAGGACUUUUGGUACAAGAAAUGAUCAACAACAUGAAGGCUAAGAUAGACGGAAAAUCAAGUCUCAAUGUGUAUUUUUAUUCGGCACACGACUCUACAAUAGGCAGUUUGUUGAACUCUCUGGGUGUCUUCGACCUUCAGGAUCCCCCGUACUCUUCCACUAUCAUGAUGGAGCUGAGGAACAACGGAGGGGAUCAUUACGUGACGCUGUUGUACCGCAACAAUACAGCUGUUGAGCCAUAUCAGCUGAUUUUGCCGGGCUGUUCAGCGAUGUGUCCCUUGGAUCAGCUGAUCAACCUUACUCUACCAAUAAUACCUGAAGACUGGGACAAGGAAUGUCAGAUUGUCGAAUAUAAGAUGUACAUUGUGUUAAGUGUUCUGCUGAUUCUACCAUUCGCUUUUGUCGAAUCAAGAAAGAUCUGUCACGAGUUGGGUGAUGUCGUUUUCGUCAACGUUCUAUACAGGCAUGGAGCACGCACUCCUGACAAGACGUACAAGAAUGAUCCCCACAAAAACGAUUUCCCCGAAGGACUUGGAGAACUUACAAAUGAGGGCAAACGCCAACAUUAUGAGCUAGGACAGUGGCUACGUCAGCGAUAUGACGGCUUAUUGACAGAUAAGUACAGCCCUGCCUUGAUACAUGUGUUGGCCUCAGACAAAGACAGGGUGCUGAUGAGCGCGCAGUGCAAUUUGGCGGGAAUGUACCCGCCAAAAAGUGAACAAAAGUGGAACCCAAUGCUGGAGUGGCAGCCAGUACCAGUUCACACUGUACCUCAGACUAUGGACAGGCUUAUAGCAAUGAAGGAAAAAUGUCCAGCAUAUGACAACGAACUAGCACGCGUAUUGGAAUCAAAGGAAGUGAAGGAUAUAAGUAAGAAAUACCAGUAUAUAAUAGACAUACUAAACAAAAAUACAGGAGAAACAAGAGAUGAUUGGAAGUAUAUAUCCAAUAUACACGAUACUUUAAGGGUUCAGAAUGAGCACAACAUGGCCUUACCCAAGUGGUCAAAGGAUAUUUUCCCUGAGCCAAUGGGAGAAGCGUCUGUCCUCAGGUUCCAUCUACCAACUUGGAACACCAAACUUGCUCUUCUAUUGGCUGGACCGUUGCUUGAAGAUAUGGUGAAAAACGUGGAAAACAAAGUGAACAGUAACAUUACAAAGGUGAUGCAAGUAUAUGCAGGUCACGACACGACCAUCAUCAACCUCCUGAACCUCCUGGGUGUGUGGGACAAAACGAUGCCUCCUUACGCAUCCUGUAUCAUGCUGGAGUUGCGGAGAAACAGUGAAGGAGAGUAUUAUGUCACGCUGUUUUACCGUACCUCGGCCAACGCAGAGCCUCGCCUACUGAAGAUUCCUGGAUGUGACGAAGUAUGUCCCUUGAAAACUUUCGUUUCUAAAACCAAGUCUCUCAUCCCUCAGGACUGGGAUAAGGAGUGUAAGGAUGUGAAAUAAAACUCUACCUCACAUGA